AUGACCGUCUCUCUCUGCCCUUCUUCCCAACCGAGCUCGCAUCCCUCUUCCCUCCUGCAACAUAUGAACCCUACCCUGGGCAAUGAGAAUUUGGGCGUUCAGGAGAGAAUAAGCGGCAGCCCUGUUCUAAUUAGGGCGAAAUACCGAGGGGUCAGGCGGCGGCCAUGGGGGAGAUGGGCGGCGGAGAUCAGGGACCCCACCCGACGGCGGAGAAUUUGGCUGGGGACCUUCGACACGGCGGAGGAGGCUGCUAAGGUCUACGACGCGACUGCGAUUCGGUAUUUACCGAUUUACCGACGGUAA